AUGGCGGUGAUGAUCGUGAUGCUCAGGGAGGUGAUGGUGGUGUUACGAACGCUCUUGGUAUUAGUAAAAAUAGAAGUGUCGAUUCUGAGUUACUUUGGUUCUUCAUACCACUCUCUUGAGGAUUCUUUUGUGACAGCACCCUCGGCCCACGUGCGAGCCGAGCGCCCCCCGCCCGCGCCCGCGCAGCACCGCCUCGUCCCGCGCAGCACCGCCUCGCCCCGCGCAGCACCGCCUCAAACCGCGCAGCACCGCCUCGCCCCGCGCAGCAUCGCCUCAAACCGCGCAGCACCGCCUCGCCCCGCGCAGCACCGCCUCGCCCUGCGCAGAACCGCCUCGCCCCGCGCAGCACCGCCCGCGCCCGCGCAGCACCGCCUCGCCCCGCGCAUCACCGCAUCGCCCCGCGCAGCACCGCCUCGCCCCGCGCAGCACCGCCUCGCCCCGCGCAGCACCGCCUCGCCCCGCGCAGCACCGCCUCGCCCCGCGCGAACCGCCUCGCCCCGCGCAGCACCGCCUCGCCCCGCGGCGCCGACGUCAGUCCGGGCGCGAGCGAGCGAGGCGGUCAAGCCGAGCCGCAAAUUGAAUUCUGAAAUCGGAAAUGUGAAAGAGACGCAGCCCCGCAGCGCCAUUAUUGAGUGCAUUCCCAUAUGCAAAUCGCUGCCAUUUUCUAGCUCACGCGGAAUUGUAGUGUCGUGCUACACGAGAGACAAAGACCCCGAGGCGAUACCACUUGAGGAAAAAUAUACACUGUAUAUCGAACUCCAUAUAUCACUUUGGGACAUCGAAUGUGUACUGACUCCUGCUAGGAAUUCCUAA